AGUACACAACUCUACCUCACCCAUCAAGCUUCAGCAGCAUUGCAGCAUUGGGGAACUGAACCAACACCAAUAGAACUGAAUCAAGAAAAGAACCAUGCCUCCAAAUCACACACUGCGCCUCAGCGCAGCAUCCCGCCCCCUCUCCCAGUCAAUCGCACCAUCAACCCAUCCCACCCCCAAGACCCGACCCUACACCACCUCCAGCACCCCCCCCCAGUACCCACCCUCCAACCGCCUCAAAGGCCGCUCCUGCAUGAUCACAGGCGGCACCUCCGGAAUCGGCUACGCCAUCGCCGCCCGCUUCCUCCAAGAAGGCAUCGACCAGGUGAUUCUCGUCGGACGAUCCCACACGCGUCUCGUCAGCGCAGCAACGACGCUCUCCUCCGGUACCGCCGCGGAGGCUUCAGCCCUACCACAAACCUCAUCAUCCCCCGAAACAGCCGCCGCGCAACACACCCUCCUCCCCUUCUCCCAAACCAUCAGCCUCCUCGUCGGCGACGUCGCCGAAGCAGGCAGCUGGAGCCGCGAGUUGGAGCAAGUCAUGCAAACAACAAACCCCACCCACCUCAUCAACGCAGCCGGCCUCUCCAUCUCCUCGGUGCUAACCAAAUCCUCCCCGGAGGACAUCGCCCGCAUCCUGGACACGAACCUGCAAGGCGCGAUCCUCACGACGCGCGCGUUCCUGCGCGCCGCGAUGCGGAAUCAUGUGCGGAGCAAACGGGCCCCUGCUGCCCCUGCCCCUGGCUCCAAGGGAGUCGGGGAUGGUGAGAAUCCCGGGGCAAACCAGCCACCACCACCACCCUCGAAAUGCAUCAUCAACAUCGCCUCGCUGCUGGCGCAUAAAGGUGGCACCGGGGCGGUGACGUACGCGGCGUCCAAGGCCGGGAUCCUGGGGUUGACGCGGUCCGUGGCGGUGGAGGCCGGGGCGGCGAUGCGCGACGUAAGGGUGCGGUCGAAUGCGAUUGUGCCGGGGUAUGUGGAGACGCCCAUGAUUGAGGACUUCAGCGAGGGAGAAACCGCCCGGCUCAAGCAGAGUAUCCCGCUGGGACGGUUUGGGCUGCCGCAUGAGGUCGCUGAUGCGGCGGUGUUUCUGGCGCAGAAUGAGUAUGCCAAUAACUGUGUCUUGAACUUGGAUGGGGGGUUGAGUGCUGUUUGAGUCCUGUCGGGGGUGGAGGACGCGGUGUAUGAUAUGGGGUUGUAAGAUACUGGGCUACUUCUCGGUGGUUUGCACCUAUUACUCUUGAAUUAGCUCCAUGGAGAGCUCCCUGUCUACAAAACAAACGGAUCGGCACCCCCAUGAUUCAAGUCAUUUA